AUGAACGCAAUCCGCAUCCAUCCCGCACCAAAUGGAGAAACCCCGUACUCCGCCUCCAACCCAGCCCCCCCAUCCGCCCUACACCUCGACACAAUCCCGAUCCCCAAGCUUUCACGCCCAAACGAACUCUUAGUCCGAGUCAAAGCAUCAACUAUAGUCCGCGACACACUCACAUGGCCGGAGAGCUAUACACGCGAGUACCUCACGCCAGGGAACGACAUCGCCGGGACCGUCGUCGAGGUCUUCGAUCCGCAGUCCAACUUCAACGUCGGCGAUGAAGUCUUUGGAAUGUUGCCCGCAGAUCAACCAGGUAGUUGGGCGGAGUACGUAAUUGUCCGCGAGCUCGAGGUUGCAUUGAAGCCGAAGCGCCUAUCGUGGUACGAAGCCGCUGCGAUGCCGUUGAGCGCGCUGACGGCGUUCGAGGCGCUGUUCGUUCGUGGCGGCGUUGUUGUCCCGAGUGCUGAGGAUGCGUUGUGCAAUUCGAAGGGAGAGCAGACUAGGGACGAGAGAGGGAGGAAGAAAGUUCUCGUUACAGGUGCCGCCGGGGCAGUGGGCAUGUACGUCGUGCAACUGGCCAGACUUGCCGGGGUGCACGUUACAGCAGCAACGAGUUCGAACGAGCGGAAUGCCCGGUUUCUGAGCGAGCUUGGAGCAGACGAGACGAUUGAGUACGCAGCGCUUCAGACAGCCGGACAGAAAGAACAGUACGAUAUCGUCAUCGACACCGUCGGUGGACAAACGCUGGUGAAGUCUUGGGCGUGCGUCAAAACGAGCGGGGCGCUUGUCACCGUCGACUCGAGCAGUUUCAACUUUGUCAAAGAGCAUCAGGAGCAAGGCUUUGCGCGAGAGGAUGUUCGUGCCCUGUUCUUUAUUGUCGAGGGUGGCCGUGAUCGCUUGGAGACCCUAGCACGGUUCGCGGAGUUGGGGAUGUUGAGGGUUUUCGUGCUUGAUGUUUAUGGACUGCAAAGAGUCAGAGAUGCGUAUGAAAGGGCUAGUGGGAGGUUGGAUGGGAGAGGGAAGAUUGUCCUGUCUGUUUGA